AUGGUCUCUGAAACCAAGACUCUGAGUCAGUGGCUUACGGACCCGGUCCGGAACUCUGGGGCGAAGGUGAUCUUCGGGACUUCUGUGGCCAGCGACUUUAGACACCUGAGCCAGGGGGCAGUGCCGCCCGCCAGCGCGCCGGUGCGGCGGGAGGGGGUGUGCAAGCGGCGCGGAGUUCUGGGGGUUCUUCGGAAGAAAGUUAGGGGAUGCCUGGCGGGGGCGGGGGCCGGAGGGCGCGGGCGAGGCGCCGCGGAGCGGGUCGGGCCGAGGCGGGGGGCGAGGGCGGUGCGCGCGGCGGGGAGGCGCAGCCCCCGGAAGGGGGGCGGCGGGGGCGGCGGGGGCGGGGGCGGCGGCGGCGGCUCGGGCGCCGGGGCGGCCGGCGGAGGGGACGACCUCGGGGCGAACGACGAGCUGAUCCCCUUCCAAGACGAGGGGGGCGAGGAGCAGGAGCCGAGCAGCGACAGUGCCUCCGCGCAGCGGGACCUGGACGAGGUCAAGUCGUCCCUGGUCAACGAGUCGGAGAACCAGAGCAGCAGCUCGGACUCGGAGGCGGAGAGGCGCCCGCAGCCCGCCCGGGACGCCUUCCAGAAGCCGCGGGACUACUUCGCCGAAGUGAGAAGGCCCCAGGACGGCGCGUUCUUUAAGGGCCCCCCGUACCCCGGGUACCCGUUCCUGAUGAUCCCGGACUUGAGCAGUCCGUACCUCUCCAACGGACCCUUGUCUCCCGGAGGAGCGCGCACGUACCUGCAGAUGAAAUGGCCCCUCCUCGAUGUCCCCUCCAGUGCCACGGUCAAGGACACCAGGUCACCAUCCCCAGCACACUUGUCUAAUAAAGUUCCUGUUGUUCAGCCCCCGCAUCACAUGCACCCGUUGACGCCCCUCAUCACCUACAGCAACGACCACUUUUCCCCUGGCUCCCCUCCCACACACCUCUCCCCAGAGAUCGAUCCAAAGACAGGAAUCCCUCGGCCUCCUCACCCAUCUGAGCUGUCUCCAUAUUACCCACUGUCUCCUGGAGCUGUUGGACAAAUUCCCCAUCCCCUUGGCUGGCUCGUCCCACAGCAAGGACAGCCCAUGUACUCUCUUCCUCCUGGUGGUUUCCGGCACCCCUACCCUGCCCUCGCCAUGAACGCCUCAAUGUCCAGCCUGGUUUCCAGUCGGUUCUCUCCUCACAUGGUGGCUCCCGCCCAUCCUGGUCUGCCCACCUCAGGGAUUCCCCACCCCGCCAUCGUCUCCCCCAUUGUCAAGCAAGAGCCAGCGCCCCCCAGCCUGAGCCCAGCCGUGAGCGCGAAAUCACCAGUCACGGUGAAAAAGGAGGAAGAAAAGAAACCCCAUGUGAAGAAGCCUCUUAAUGCCUUCAUGUUAUAUAUGAAGGAGAUGAGGGCCAAGGUGGUGGCUGAGUGCACCCUGAAGGAAAGUGCAGCCAUUAACCAAAUCCUGGGAAGAAAGUGGCACAACCUGUCCCGAGAAGAACAGGCCAAGUACUAUGAACUGGCCCGGAAGGAGCGGCAGCUUCACUCCCAGCUCUACCCAACCUGGUCAGCCCGGGACAACUACGGUAAGAAAAAGAAGAGGAAGAGAGAAAAGCAGCUGUCACAGACACAGUCCCAGCAGCAAGUCCAAGAGGCAGAGGGUGCUCUGGCCUCCAAAAGCAAGAAGCCAUGUGUUCAGUACCUGCCCCCUGAGAAGUCCUGUGACAGUCCUGCCUCUUCCCAUGGCAGCAUGCUGGAUUCCCCGGCCACUCCCUCCGCAGCCUUGGCGUCACCAGCUGCCCCCGCGGCAACUCACUCGGAGCAAGCCCAGCCCCUCUCCCUCACCACCAAGCCAGAGAGCCGGGCCCAGCUGGCUUUACACUCAGCUGCCUUCCUGUCAGCUAAGGCAACAGCCACCUCCUCUGGCCAGAUGGGCAGCCAGCCCCCCCUUCUCUCCCGGCCCCUCCCCCUCGGGUCCCUGCCCACAGCUCUGCUGACCUCUCCCCCCUCCUUCCCAGCCACACUCCAUGCCCACCAGGCCCUCCCCGUGCUCCAGGCCCAGCCUCUUUCCUUGGUCACCAAGUCUGCCCACUGA